AUAUUUGCACAAUUUUUUUUUAGGAUAACAACUCUUAAUAUAGCUGUUGAGUUUUGGUUUUCCAAUAUUUAGUUUUCAAUUAUCAUACUAUAUUUAAGCACUUCAUUUAAACUUUGUCUUGGUUUGGUUCAGCCAGAAACAGAUCCUCAAAUGAAAAUUUGAGUACAAAUAGUUUAUACAGGGAAUAACCCUGAAAACAACAGCAGGGAUGUGAAGGAAGCUAAUAAAAGGAAUAUUAUCAAGCAAAUCUGUGGGCUGAAUUCACUGAGGAGUUCACUUGAGUAUUUUGCAUUAUGAUUUCUCAAGAGAAGAUAGAAGAGCAUCCUUUUGUGGAUAUAUUUAGUGAAGAUGAAGCUGAUGAAGACUUUAUGUUGUCUAAGCCUGUUUGCUUUGUUAUAUUUGGGAAACCAGGCAUUGGGAAGACAACAUUGGCCCGCCAAAUAGCACAAGAAUGGAAAUGUAUUCAUGUGGAAGCUUUAACAAUUUUGGAAGAACAGAUUGCCAGUGAAUCUGAAACAGGAGUUAUGUUGCAAACAAUGCUGGUUAGUGGUCACAGUAUUCCAGAAGAACUUGUCAUAAAGCUAAUAUUGGAGAAGCUCAAGUCCCCAGAAGUCUCUCACCUUGGUUAUAUUAUCACUGAAUUACCAACACUUUCACAGGAUGCCAUGACUACUUUGCAGCAAAUUGACUUAAUUAGAAAUUUAGAUAUGAAACCUGAUAUUAUAAUCAAUAUUAAGUGCCCUGACUACGACUUAUGCCAAAGAGUUUCUGGGCAAAGGCAGCACAGUAGCACAGGGUUCAUAUACACACGAGAUCAGUGGGAUCUAGAAUUCAUUGAGAAUCAAAGGAGAAAAAAGAAAGAAGCCCAAAAAGAAGCAAAAAGUGAAGAAGAAGGGGAAGAGGAAGAAGAGCAAGAAGAAGAAGAGACAUUUAUUGCCGAAAUGCAGAUGGUAGCUGAAAUUCUUCAACAUUUAGUUCAGAGGCCUGAAGAUUAUUUGGAAAAUAUUGAGAGCCUCGUUAAACUUUAUAAGGAGGCAGUUCUUCAUGCUUUAGAAGAAGUAAUGGCUGAACACAAUUCCCUGCAUUUCAUUGAGCUAGAUGGAAACAGGCCCCCAGAGGAGCUCUUCACGACGGUUAUGAGUCGACUUAAGUUUCUGAACCUACGAAGAGCAGCUAUUUUGACUAAACUUCAGAGUGCAGAGGAAGAAAUGAACGAUACAAUGGACAAUGAUGAGCUGUUUCGUACUCUUUCAUCUUACAAAGUUAUUGCACCAAGAUAUAGAUGGAAGAGAAGCAGGUGGGGACGAACAUGUCCUGUGGUUUUAAAAGAAGGUCACAUUAUUCCGGGAUUGCCAGACCUUUCUGUGAGUUUUCUAGGUAAAAUGUACUGUCUGUCAUCAGAAGGAACAUUAAAAACAUUUUUGUCGAACCCACGCCCCUAUCUUCUUCCACCUAUGCCAGCACCACCGUUUAAAGUUUUCAUAUUUGGACCUCAGUCUUCAGGGAAAACAACACUUAGCAAUUUGCUUGCAGAACAUUACAAAGGAAAGGUAGUUGACUUUGUCAAACAUAUUCAACCACGUUUUGAUACAAGCCUUGAAACAUUAAGAAAAAAUACUAUAGCUGAGGCCACUGAAGCAGCUAUUAAGACUGUGAAAGAACGACUUCGCGCAGAAUUAGAAGCUAAAAGAAAAGCUUUAAGAGAACUUGAAAGUGAAUUAAAAGCUAAGGAAUAUGACAAGUUCUCUUCUGAUAAAAGCUUAGAAGGGGAGCUCUCUUCACUUGAUGACGAUGGGUCUGCUCAUGAAUCCCAAAGAGAAAGCUCAUUAGAAGACAAUCAAGAGGCCAAAAUGAAAUCAGAUAGUGAUAACGCUGCUAAAACUGAUACAGAUGAAGACUUGAUAAAUGAGGUCACUGCAGAUCAUCCAGAAGUUGUUUCUAUGGUAAAGGAGACUGUGAAAAUGACAGACAGUAUGAACUUUGAACACCCACAUGAAAAAUACGCUGAAAUCUUAGAGGAAGUCCUGGAAGAGAUAGCCAAAGAAAACAAGAAGAGGUUUUCUGGUGUCCCAAAAUAUGGAGGAUGGGUAUUGGACAACUGCCCUGUUAUAAGAGAACUGUGGAUAGCCUUAAUCGAGAAAGGAAUUAUACCAGAUUUAGUAAUCUGUUUGUCAGAUACAGAAAACGAUGGAAAAUGUUUACUUAAUAGACUGUACUUAGAGAAUAAGCCUGAAAUUGACUCUAAAAUAUUAGAAAGAUUAUUAGAUGAACUACAAAAGAAAAAAAUAGAGGAAGAAGCAGCAAGAAAAACCAAAGAGGAGGAAUUGAGACUAGAAAAAGAAAAUGGCAGGCUAUUGGAAGCUCUGGAUAUGAAAAGAAAAGAAGAGGAAGAGGCUGACGCUGACGCUGACGCUGAUGAGGAGAUUGAAGGUGAGGAGCUUGAUGCUCCUGAAGAGCCUGAAGCCCUUGAGGUGGCCGAGGAGACCGAGGGCCUCUUACCUGAGGAGUCUGAAGUGUCCGAGAUUCCUGAAACAGAAUCUGAAUCAGUGUCUGAGCCUAUUGAGGAAACUACGGUUGGAACAGAAAUUCCAAAAGAACCCAAAGAGGGCCUGGAAACUAAAUUACCUGAAACAGUUGAACUACCUAAGUUUCCUGAAGACGCUUAUCCUGAUGUUCCUGAAAUGGAACCAGUGAAAGAGAAGAUCAGAUCUUUCGCCACCAAGUGGAAAUCUAUAGAAAGAACAUUCACUGACUCUGCCAUUCAAGUCUUCCACUUGGAGAUUGCUGGCAAAACUCCAGAGGAACUACUUCAAAAAGCAGUAGAGACGAUGGAAAGACCUUUCCAGUAUGCUGGAUGGGAAUUAACUUUAGAAGAUUAUGAGGAAGAAACAGAGGACUUUCAUGCUGAAACAGAGGUUGAGGAGGAGCUGGAAGAUGAGGAAGAGGAAGAGGAAGAGAAUGAAGAUAAAAUGAAAGAGAAAAAAAGGCAUUUGGGAGACACAAAGCACUUUUGUCCAGUGGUUCUCAAAGAAAACUUCGUCCUUCAACCGGGCAACACAGAGGAGGCAGCUAAGUAUCAAGAAAAGAUCUACUACUUUUCAACUCCUGAGGCUAAAGAAAAAUUCUUGGCAUAUCCUCAGGAGUAUGUAGCUCAUAAAGAACCAUUAAAGGCUCCUCCAUUAAGAAUAUGCCUUCUGGGCCCCCGUGGCUCUGGCAAAACUGUCUGUGGGAGACAGUUAGCAGAAAACUUGGGCAUCUUUCACAUUCAGUUUGAAGAAUUUCUACAAGAAAAACUAAUGCUCAAAACUGAAAAGAAAAUUGGACCUGAAUUUGAAGAAGAUGCUGAGGAAGAACAACUUGCAAAACAAGAACUUGAAGAGCUUGCAGUUCGGGCCAAUGUCAAGAUUGAGGAAGAAAAUACAAAGAAGCCAAUUUCAGAAAUACAAUUUACAGAAGAAGAAGAAGCAAUCAGAUUAAAUAUAAUGGAAAAUGAACAAUUGCCUCCUGAAAUUCUUGAUGCAAUUCUUUCUGAGUGGUGGUUUAAGGAACCAAUACGUUCCACAGGUUUCAUAUUGGAUGGUUUCCCACGAUAUUCUGAAGAGGCCCGUUUACUGGCGGAACAUGGGUUUUUCCCAGAUGCUGCUGUUGUACUGCAAGUGGAUGAUCAAGAUGUUUCUGAUCGCCUCCUGCCUCCUCAAAUUGAAAAGUGGAGACUGAAACAAAAGGCAAAAUUAGAAAGGAAAAAACUCAUUAAAGAAAUGAAGGCAAAAAUCAAGGAUGAUAUGAUUGCUAAAAGAAGAGCUGAACUUCUAGCAGAGAGAGAGAGAAAAAAGAAAGAGAUUGUUAGAGAAGAUGAAGAUAUUAGUGACGAAGACCUUGAAGAAGAUGAUGAUGAUAUUGACAAUAUUCUUGAAGAUGAAUUUCCAAAAGAUGAGGAUCUAAUGAGUGAGGAGGAUGAAGAACAAGAAAGUGAUGCAGUUGAACGUCUGAAAGGUGAACUGGGAGAAAAAUUUGAAGCAGAUAUGCGUAAUUUACAAGCAAUACAGAAUGAAUUUGACAGGUUUUUGAUACCAGUAAUUCUCAUUAAUGCAAGUCGGAAAAUCCACAUUGUACAAUACAUGUUGAAUACAAAACUGAAACCACUGGUAGAGAAUCGUGCAAGCAUUUUUGAGAAGUGUUAUCCAAUAUCAUCACGCCUUGCCCAGAAAAUGCUCAGCUUUACCUAUAAAUAUAUAAGCACAUUCGGCUACUGGGAUCCUGUAAAGCUAAGUGAAGGAGAGACAAUCAAACCAGUUGAAAGUUCAGAGAAUCCAGUUUAUCCUGUAAUCCAUCGUCAGUAUAUUUAUUUUUUAUCUAGUAAGGAAACUAAAGAAAAAUUUAUGAAGAACCCAAUCAAAUACAUUCGCCAACCCAAACCAAAGCCUAGAAUGCCCAUUAAGAUUGCAAUUGUGGGGCCUCCAAAAUCUGGGAAAACGACAGUUGCCAAAACCAUUUCAAAUGAAUAUGGCUUAAAGCGUUUGUCAAUAGGAGAAGCUCUGCGUUAUGUGUUAAACCACCAGGCAGACACAGAGCUGGCGCUCAUGUUAAACUGGCAUCUUCAUAAAGGAAUGACAGUGCCUGACCAACUGGCAACUCAAGCCUUAGAAGUGUCUCUGAUGGGAAAUGUGUGUAAUACCGCAGGUGUUAUCAUCGACGGGUACCCUGUAACUGAGCAUCAAGUGAGCCUCUUGGAAGACAGGUCAGUCACCCCCCUGGUCAUCUUGGAGCUGGAUGUGCCUUCCAAGGAGAUUUUCAAAAGAUUGCUCUUGGAAAAAAAAAAUAAACCAAGUUUGCCUUACCCACUGCACAACAGCACAAAGAUUAUAGCCGUCAGGUACUCAAAGUACCGCAAAAAUAUUGUUGCAAUUAGGCAAUAUUAUCAAGAACAGCACCAGAACUGGUAUGUGAUUGAUGGAUUUCACAGCAAAUGGUGGGUGUGUAAUGAAGCCAUUAAAAACAUUAAAACAGUGAAUGGAUACAUGCAGAUAUACCUGGAAAGAAUAAAAGCAGGGAAAGCUGCCUGCAUUGACAAGCUGUGCAUCACCUCUCAAGAACUGAUUUCCCGCCUGGGCGAAUUCGGACAGUUCUGCCCUGUCAGCCUGGCAGAAUCAUACGAAUUAGUCGAUUGCUCUGUAACUGACUCUUUGGAAUUUGCGGCAGAGUUCAGAGGGCAUUAUUAUAAAAUGGAUUCUCGGAAAAAACUGAAUAAAUUUUUGGAGAACCCAGAAUUAUAUGUGCCUCCAUUAGCACCUCAUCCACUCCCACCUGCUGACAUGAUCCCCAAAAGGCUGACGCUGUCAGAGCUGAAGAAACGAUUCCCUAAGUGUGCUGAGCUCCAGGGCUACUGUCCAGUGACCUAUCAGGAUGGAAAUCAAAGAUAUGAAGCCCUAGUACCUGGUAACAUUAAAUAUGCCAUAGAAUAUCGUGAUCGUAUAUAUAUUUGUGAGAGUAAUGAAAAACUUCAGAAAUUUUUGAGGUUGCCAGGGAAAUACUGGGAUCAGAAGCUUCCAUACAAACUUCCCCCGUUGAAGGAACCGAUAAAUCUCACUAGUCUUCCUUUGCCCGGAUAUCUGGAACAGGGUAUUGCAACUUCUCUGAUUAAAGCAAUGAAUGCAGCAGGAUGCUUAAAGCCCAAAUUUCCCUUCUUAAGUAUAGAGAAAUCUGCACUGCUCUAUAUAGCGUUUCAUCUAAAAGCCUUUAAUCCUAAAGCUUCUGAAUAUACAAGAAAAAAGUAUAAGAAGAAGAUGGAGCAGUUUAUAGAGAGAUGUGAACUCAUUACAUACCUGGGUGCCAAGAUGACCAGAAAAUACAAGGAACCUCAGUUUAGACCAAUUGACUUUGAUCAUAAAUUACAGACCUUUAUCUCUCUUAAAAAUAUAGACCCAAUUAAUGAAUAGUGUGCAACCAGAUUGUCAAGAGUUAUCUGAAAGACGUAGAAGGAAAGAGAAGUUGAAAGCCGGCCCCUCUGAGUGGUGCCCCACGGCUGCCAGACCUAAAGGACUCAAGGUCUGCCCCUUGGGAAGGAGCGCUCUUCUGUAAGCAUGUUUCAGUUCAAGUUUAAAGUUUACUGCUCUUUGUCUGAGAUUUGAUUCUGUAAUACAUGGUUAUUCAGACUGCCAUUUAGAAUAUUUAGGUAAUUCAUUUUACUUAAUAAAUCUACUGUUCAUUUUUCUUUUUAACAUUUUCAGUAGAAAAGUCAGUCUCUGUUAAAGAAAAUUGCUCAGCAAAUGUUAGAAAGCUCCAAGAAACAAAAUUAACAUUUAUAUCAAUAAAACAGAAAUAUUGGUUGUACUUUUGAAAUAUGGAGGUGUUUGUAAACUAUGAACAUAAGAUACUUCAUUAUUUUCCCAAAGAAAUAAAUGGAUUUUGAGAUAACUAAA